CUCGGUUAAUGCCGUAAAAUAUUCCGGUUUUUUUUAUCUAACAGUAAAAAAGAAAACAUUUGCAAAAAUGGCAUCAAAUAAUCAAUUCGUUGCAUUUAAUAAUGGUCAGAAAUAUCCAAUUUUAGGAUUUGGAACAUGGAAGGUAAUAAUAUAAUAAUAUAAGAUAGGCAUAUAAUAAUACUGCACUGAGUUAGUUUUUAAACAAACAUACGUAGUAUGUUUGUCAUACCUAGUAAGUUCUUAGGACUUGUUUAAUAUUUAAAAUGAGUUUAAAAAUCAUUAAUAGUUACAAUAUUUUAAAUUAAAACAUAUUUAUUUUAUGAUAACUGAUAAGUAAUAUUAGAAAGACAGCGAAAAUGCAGAUUAAUUAUUAUUAUUCGUAUACAAUACAUACAGAUUCAUUAAGGUGAAUGAUAUACCAAGGGUAAAUUUAAUUAUGAUACCUAGAUUAUAAAGUUCGGCAAUCAAAUGCCCAACUAAAACUGUCAUAUUAAUAAUGAUGAACUACACUUAAACCUCAAACACAUAAUAUGCACCUACACACUGCACAGCGUGUAGGCAUACGAAUGAGUAGAUUACCAAUUAAUUUUAAAUACAUUAUAUAAAAGAGCUGAUAAUGCUGACGAGUAUACCACUAUUACAGCCUGUGGGUGGGAAGUUGGAAAAGAAGAAUAAAAUAAAUAAAUUUAAUUUAUAUUUCUAUCUAUAUGCAACAAUCUAUCAUUGCUAGCAAAAAAACGAUUCUGAUCGAAGUUGGAUUAAAUAUAUUUAGAAAUAGUUAUUUUUAUGAUUUUUAUUAAAAUUUGAAUUCAUCAAAAAAACAACAACAUUACGCUCAAUUUUUAUUUUUUUUUAAAACUAAUUACCACUAGUUAUGAAAUAAUUAAUUCAAUUUCCGAACAUUUUUACUGGGUGAAACCAAUUCUACCUUCAUAGUACGUAACAAAAACUAAUAAAUUUCAUAUGGCUGUAAAUAGCUCAGUUAUUAUUUUUAACUGAAUUACCAAUACAACAAAAAUACAAAAUCAAAAAUAACGAAAAUCUUUAUCGUGUAUAUUUUCCUGUUUUUCCAGUAACUAAUUAUACUACAAAUAACUUCCCUAACGCACCAACUAGAACUUUUGCUAAAAUAUGUAAAACUUGAUGACUGGAGCAAUAUUUCUGAUAAAAAAAUUAUUUACAGACAGGAAAAAACAUCAAAUUAAUACAUUUUUCGUUAUUAUUAUUUAUCAUACUCGCAAUAUCAUUUAAGCAGAAUAAAAAAAUAUUUCAAUUUUACAAUAAUAUUUAUUUAUUUUUUGAUAAUUUAAAAUGUAUAAUCUAUAAAGCUAAAUACUUUUACCAUAAAAAAUUUAAAAAUUUAUAUUUUUAAAGUACUAUAUUUAUUGUCAUCAUUUGCAACAAAUCUAACUAUUAUUAUUGAUAUACUCAGUCUAAACCUGGCGAAGUAGAAGAAGCUGUGAAAAUCGCGAUUGAUACAGGCUACAGACAUUUUGAUUGCGCAAUGUUUUAUGGGAAUGAACAAGAAAUAGGAAAAGCUAUUAAUCAUAAGAUAGACGAAGGUGUUGUAGUUCGUGAAGAUUUGUACAUUACGAGUAAAGUAAUUACACAAUUUAAUUAUUUUGAUUUUGAUAAAUAUCAAAAUAUGUAGAUUACUAGGUACAUAUCUAAAUAACUUAUAUUUGCUUUCAGUUAUGGAAUAUAUUUCAUCAACCUGAUAUUGUUGAAACGGUGAUAAAAAAAACUUUAUCAGAUUUAAAAGUCGAUUAUUUGGAUUUAUACUUGAUUCAUUGGCCUAUGGCUUUUAAGGUAAUGUACUAAUAUUAAUAUUUAAAUUGCUAUUUUGAAUUAUAAUAUUAGAUACCUUCCUAUUUUGUAAUAUGCAAUAGUAUACUAGUAUAUAAUAUACUAUAUCUAUUUAUUAUAAAUAUUAUUAGGAGGGUGGAUUAUACAGUGAUUUCAUUCCAAAAGACGAUGAUGGUGCUACAAUUGAAGGUGAUGGUUCAUACAUUGAAACAUGGAAAGCAAUGGAAAAAUUAGUAGAAAAUGGUCUUACUAAAUCAAUUGGUGUAUCAAACUUUAACAAAAGACAAAUAGAAGAUAUAUUAGGUGUAGCUACUGUAAAGCCAGUUAACAAUCAAGUAUGAACUGUAAAAUGAUUUAUUUCAGAAUAAACCACUAAACACGUUUUAAAUGACACAAGUGGGCACAUGGUCUCUUAAAAUUUAUAAUAAUAUCCUAUUUUUAAUAUUACCUACAAAAUAAAUUAAUAUUUCAUUGCAGACAAAUAUUUGGAAAUAUAUAAUCAACUGUCUAUUCUAGAACUACCGGGUAGGUUUAGUAGAAAAGUGAGAAAAACAUUGAGAAUAGAUUAUUCAGAUUAUACGAGCAAUACGCAUGUUGAGAAAAAUAGAUAAGGUAAAUGCACAUAUGGAAGUCAGAAAUGAGACAGGCUGUUGGUAAAAGAAACAUAGCUAAGUGUUAUAAAGGGAAAUGUGUAAAUUAAAUAGGUAAAAAAAAGAUAAUAAAAGAGGGAAAUGUGAAUGAAAGCUAUAUAUAAAAGUAGGUGUAUGUUUGCAUGAUAGGCAAUGAUGAAAAUAAAGAGCAAAAUUAACAUAAGACAUGUUUUAAUAUAUUUUAUAGGUCGAAUGCCAUCCAUAUUUAAACCAAAAAAAAUUAAAAGAAUUUUGCGACGAAAAUGAUAUUAUAUUGACGGCAUAUAGUCCACUCGGAAGUCCAGACAAUCCUUGGAAAAAACCUGAAGAUCCUUCUCUUCUCGAAGACCCGAAAAUUAUUGAAAUAGCGGACAAAUAUAGUAAAAGUCCUGCCCAAAUAUUAAUCAAAUAUCAAAUUCAAAGAGGUGUAAUGGUCAUUCCGAAAUCUGUGACUAAAGAACGCAUAGAGUCGAAUUUUGAUGUAUGGGACUUUGAACUCGAGCAAGAGGAUUUAGAUCAAAUUGAUACUCUCGAUUGCAAUGGACGAUUUGUACACAUGAAAGGGUACCUAUAUUAUUAUUUUAUUAUAUUUGCCAUAGAUUUUUUUCUAAUAUGUAUCUAUAUUUUUAGGAACAUAAAUUUUAAAGAUUAUCCAUUCAGUGAUGAAUACUAAAUUAAUUGGAUAGUGAUGAAAAGUGAAAUUUAUCGAUGUUUUAUUCGACAUUUUAG